CCACAUCCAUGCCCACCUCCACCAGGAGGGAGACUGUAGGGAAAUCUGGACAUGCCCCUUGUUUCCAGACAAGACUUGCAACUGACAAUGAGCAGCCUGAGUCCUGAAACAGCCCAGGCAGGAGUGAGGGGCUCCUCGUCUAGGAGGAGGGUGAGGUCAGUGGAGCCUGCAGACACCUUGGGGCUGACCAGUGGCUGCUCUGAGUGGGAGGCGAGCGGUGCUGGCCUGAGCCUCCUUCCAGGCUGAGAAGUGUCAUGGCCAGGAUCGUGCAGGCCUCCCUGGCUGCUCUCCUCCUGCUGCCUAUGGCCACCGCCAUGCACUCUAGCUGCAUCCUCAAGAAGGAGCAAGCCAUGUGCCUGGAGAAGAUCCAGAGGGCGAAUGACCUGUUGGGCUUGAACGACUCCUCCCCAGGCUGCCCCGGGAUGUGGGACAACAUCACGUGUUGGAAGCCCGCCCACGUGGGUGAGAUGGUCCUUGUCAGCUGCCCCGCCGAACUCUUCCGAAUCUUCAACCCGGACCAAGCCUGGGAGACAGAAACCAUUGGAGAGUUUGAUUUCACUGACAGUAACUCUUUGGAUCUCUCAGACAUGAGGGUGGUGAGCCGGAACUGCACGGAGGAUGGCUGGUCGGAGCCCUUCCCUCAUUAUUUUGAUGCUUGUGGGUUUGAUGAAUAUGAAUCUGAGACUGGGGACCAGGAUUAUUACUACCUGUCGGUGAAGGCCCUGUACACAGUUGGCUACAGCACAUCCCUCGUCACCCUCACCACUGCCAUGGUCAUCCUGUGUCGCUUCCGGAAGCUGCACUGCACCCGCAACUUCAUCCACAUGAACCUGUUCGUGUCGUUCAUGCUGAGGGCCAUCUCUGUCUUCAUCAAAGACUGGAUCCUCUAUGCGGAGCAGGACAGCAACCACUGCUUCGUCUCCACCGUGGAAUGCAAGGCCGUAAUGGUUUUCUUCCACUACUGCGUCGUGUCCAACUACUUCUGGCUGUUCAUUGAGGGCCUGUACCUCUUCACCCUGCUGGUGGAGACCUUCUUCCCCGAGAGGAGAUACUUCUACUGGUACACCAUUAUUGGCUGGGGAACCCCAACUGUGUGUGUGUCGGUGUGGGCUGUGCUCAGGCUCUACUUCGAUGACACUGGCUGCUGGGACAUGAAUGACAACACAGCUCUGUGGUGGGUAAUCAAAGGCCCUGUGGUUGGCUCCAUAAUGGUUAACUUUGUGCUCUUCAUUGGCAUCAUCGUCAUCCUUGUGCAGAAGCUUCAGUCUCCAGACAUGGGAGGCAGUGAGUCCAGCAUCUACUUCAGCUGCGUGCAGAAAUGCUACUGCAAGCCACAGCGGGCUCAGCAGCACUCUUGCAAGAUGUCAGAACUGUCCACCAUUACUCUACGGCUGGCCCGGUCCACUCUGCUGCUCAUCCCGCUGUUUGGCAUCCACUACACGGUAUUCGCCUUCUCCCCGGAGAACGUCAGCAAGAGGGAGAGACUCGUGUUUGAGCUGGGGCUGGGCUCCUUCCAGGGCUUUGUGGUGGCUGUGCUCUACUGUUUUCUGAAUGGAGAGGUGCAGGCGGAGAUCAAGCGCAAGUGGCGGAGCUGGAAGGUGAACCGCUACUUCACCAUGGACUUCAAGCACCGACACCCGUCCCUGGCCAGCAGCGGGGUGAACGGCGGCACGCAGCUCUCCAUCCUGAGCAAGAGCAGCUCCCAGAUCCGCAUGUCUGGCCUCCCGGCCGACAACCUGGUCACCUGAGCCCACCUCCCGCCUCCUCUCCUCCAUACACAGGUUGGGGCUGCAGGUGGACGCCGGCCCACACAUGCUGCGCCUUUUCUCUCCCUUCGGACAGGCCCUGGGCUAGAAGCUGGGCUCCCCGAGGGGGGAGAAGGGUGCAGGGCGCUGGCCCCAUCCCUACCCACCCUGGGCCCUUGGGCUCUGACCCCACACAUGUAAAUACUCCUCAAAUUUGGAAAAGUCAUCCCAUCUCUACCCCUUCACCCAGUGUCCCUGUUCACCUGAUGCAGCUCCCCAGCUCCACCCCACGCCGUCUCCACCAGCCUCAGUGAUCGCCUGACCCUGUGUGUGAGGCCUUGUGAGCUGAGCUGAUGACCUUGCUUUGGAGGGCUUGGGGUGGGGCCUGCCUGACAGCCCCCCACAGUGUCUGACUCUCCAUGUGGACUCCUUGAAUCUGCUCACCACCCUGGGGUCCUUCUCAGGCCUGACCCAGUCCCUGAGGCCCGCCAGAGGUCCAGCCUGGAUGGCCAGUGUCCUUCAGCACAGGCCAGAUCUGAGGCUCCCUCAUGCUCACCCAACAUCUUGGUGUCCAGGUGCCCAGCUCCUGGGUAUCAGGGCAGUGGGGCAGCUCUAGGGCUCUUCCAAUCAGAGACUUCAGUUUGAGUGUGGGGCUAAGGGUCAGGGAAAGUUCCGGUGCUUUUCAUUUGGCCCAAGAAAAAUUACUGAGAGCCAGAAAUGUGGAUGUGCUUGGAAAGGAGAUGGGAAGAGUUUAGGGUGACUUAUGGAAGAAGACCUUCAUCAUCCACAUUAUUUUACCCCUGACUCAAGGUGGAUGGGGUUCAUCUGGGAGCCUCCCUUCUGCCCCUCCCACCCUCAGGCAUCAGCUGCAGAAGGUGAGAGAUGGAUGCUCCACAAAGACUGCUCCCCAACCAUGCCUACCACAUGGAGCCCCUAACCCUCCCCUCCCCAUCUCCCCUCAAGUCAAAGCCAUGACUAGGAUGA